AGCUGCCGCAGUCUCGUAGACAAGUAAACACGGAUCGGCUCGCGAGUGCACGUUUGGCCGACGAAAUGCCGACUGUCGGCCGCUAGUGAAGCCCCCCGAGGAGCCCCGGUGCGCGGGGAGGCCCCUCGCUGCGUCUCCCAGUGCUGUGAUCUGCGGUCGUUGCAGUCUCCGGCUUGAAAAUGGAGGUGCACGCCGCCAGCCUCGACUGGAUGAACGAAUUCGUGCGUCGUCCCAGCAGACGCCACUACGCCCGCGCGCCGCAACUCGCACCGCAAGUGGCCACCGCAGCUGAAUCGCCACCGCGAAAAAACUGCAAAAUCAACCGGUCCUGGACCAUCUCAAACCCGCAGUCGAGUCCGGUGCAGACGCCAGUGCUGCCGCGCAACAGUCCUGCCUACAGCAGCUUGCCCAGGUCAACGGUUCGCCCAGCCAUCACAUUCACACCCGAGCGGCAAACCGCAGAGCCACCUGAAUCUGUCACUCAGCCUGACGUUCAGGACGAGCCGCCCGAAAUUCAGCAUGAGGAGAAAGAAGUAAGCAGCAAAACGGAGGAUGAGGCGUUAAAGGAGUGUGUUGUCGUUUCCUCGGCGUCCAGCUCGCCUAGACCGAGUCCGACCACUGGCCGAAAGACUUCUGAUUCUGAACCACUUGAUCUCAAGAAACUCCUGACCCAGCAUGGCUGUAAAAGUGCCCCCCAGAGUCCGCGACUGGAGCUGAGUCGUCGUCACAUGGGUGCAAGCGAAGACGAAGGCGCGGCAGGCAGUCCUGCGCCCAGUCCAGCGGCCGUGCUGCUCAUGGACUACGCGUUGGACGGCAGCAAGAUGCAGCCAGACUCGGACGACUACAAGCUAGUCUUUAUCAGCUCCGACUCGAGCUCCAAAGAGUCGAAUUCAGAUAUCGAAUUUGCGCUUGAGGACUGCGACUGGGACUACUUUGAGUCGAGUGUGCAGAAGGAGAAAAUCUCGUCAUUUACCGCGCCGGCCGGUCGACGAGAGGAGCAGCAAAUGCCCAGCACAGUGAACAAUUCUCUCACGGGUGGAACUUUUGGAGAGAUGUUCGAACGUCCGUCAGGCCCCCUGGACAGACAGUGGUCGCUGCCGGAGGUAAUGCGGCUGCAGAACCGGCCCCAGGCCACGGCCCAUCCUUGCGAGAACUGCGGAUUCGACCUGCUAGCUGGGCUGGGCGCGCCGACCACCACCAACUUCAUCCCGAUCCCAUACCCAGUGCCUGUGCCGAUCGCCGUGCCGGUGCCGUUCUCUGGUUCGGAGGGCGACUUCCUGGAGGCGCUGCGGGUGAAGCUGCGGCCGCCGCUGGUGCCACCCUACCUGCACCAGUGGUACCAGGGCCUGCUGCGGGGUGCGGCCGCCUCGGCCGCCGCCGCCGCCGCCUCUUCCUCCUCCUCAACGGGCGACGCCCCCUCAGACCUGCGGUCUGUGACGACGAGCUGCUUAUCGGCCGAUAAGCAGUCGGACGCUGGCGUCCAGUGCGACAUCAGCGAGAUGCAAGAGCGGCAGGUGCCAGCGGCCGUCACAGCCGAGGAGGAUGAGGACGACUCGGACGCGCCGUCAUCGCCAGAGGAGGACUCGGAUGACGAGUUCUCCACCGUGUUUGUUGUCAACGCGUCCGACAGCGAGUCAGACCGCGAGUCGUCGGACGCGUCCGAGGUGCCGGACGGACAGCCGGACGAGCUGAUCCUGCCAACGGUGAUGUUGAAGAGCGUCCGACAGCUGGAUACGGGGGAUGACGACGAGGGGUAUCACGUAUCCCCGCGCAGGAUGUCAGCUGAUGAUGAUAAGAGUGAUAACGAAGAGGAGCAAUUGAUUAGUGAGUCAGAGCUUUUGGCCAGUCUAAAAGCGGUCGAGGAGAAACUAGAGCUUCUAGCGGAGCACGUGGAAAAUGAGACAUCAACGGAGGAAGAGGAGAGCGUUGAAAGCGCGGUAGAGGAGGAAUAUGAAAUUCAGCGAGAAGAAGUUGAAAUUGAAUGUGAUGAUGACAGUGUUAAAAGCGAGGAGCCAGAACUAGUGCAAAAUUCAGAAAUCGUGUCGGACACCCUGGAGGAGGCUGUCCAGUGCAUCGAGCGGAUCAUGGUCGAAAUUGGAAAGCUUGAGGAGGCCGGUGCGCUAGUUGCGGCGGCAGGUGCAGAGGGCGCCGCCGCCGAGCCGGCCGUCGCACCUGAGUGCGACACACCUGGCGCAGAGGGCGCCCGCGGCGGCGAAGGCGCGUGCUCGCCAGAGUCUGCGACUGAGGACGCGGCCAGUUGUGCUAGCGGAGGCGGCGGCUUCACCAGCUACGUGAUGAUCAACCAGCAGGGCAAGGGUACGUGCCCGGAGCAGGGCGAACCCGACCCCGACGAAGACGACCCCAAAGUGAAUGUUGUGAGUGUGUUGAACGAUAGCGAGAAGAUCAAGAUCAACCACACGACUGAGGAGGACGAGUCUGAGGGUUUUAUCACGCUCCACCUGCAGAACGAGGUGCAGAUCGUCAGCAAUGACAAGACCAUGUCACAGGUGUGUCUAGAAGAAGGCUUGGCCGACGACGACUCGUGGGUGGAAGAGGCGAGCGAGAGUUCCUCCCUGGGCGAAGCCUCCCUCGAGAUCGAGGAGGAGGUGGAGGUGUACCAGGACCGCGAAGAGGAGCUGCGCGGCUACCACCGGGCCAUCGACUUCACACUGCACACGAUCCUUGAGGAGAGCUGCGAAGAGUCGGACGUGGACGAAGAGCAACGCAGCAAGCGGAAAAAGAAGGAGAAGGAGCGCGAGAGCAGGUCUGAGCUGGAAAAGUAUUUCAUUUACGGCAUAACCGGACAGCAAGAAGACGGAGAUGAGGACGACUCCGACGACCAUGAAGAGCCAUCUCCUCUUGAAAAAUAUUUUCUCUCGUCGUUCCACCAAGACUCGGACACGGAUGAAAGUGGCAGUGUCGGUUCGGACAGUGAAGGGCGUCCGAGUCCUGAGCAGCGGCGAAAACGACUGGUCAGGGCAAGAGGCACCGCUCGCCACUCUUUGGACAGGGAUGACGCGUCAGAGGUGCUUGAGAUCAACGAUGACUCGACAGAAACAGACUCGUGCGAAAACGGUGGCAAGCGUGCUAAAAAGAAGAAGCAGCGGCCGUUGGUGAUCCAUCUGGAGGACAAUGCAGCCGGUGGUGCUGACCUGGACGAGCUUGAGGAUGGAGCCAAAACGCCGCAGCCCGAGCUGCCACCCGAGCCGCCUCAGCCGACGAGAAAGCACCACAGCCGCGAUUCGGGUUUCAUCGGCAGUUGCGACGACUUGCUCAAGUCUGGGCCCUCGGGCAGCAGUAGCUCCAGUAAUGAAGAGCAGCCUGCCGAGCAGAAGACGCCCACCGCGUCUCCAGUGCCGAGCCCUGUGAUGCCUGAGGUGCCGUCGAUGGUGCCUGGCCCUCCAAGGGCCAACAACAGCCUCGCCAGGAAGGACAGCUUCAACAACUGGAGUUCUGACGAAGAAACCAACCUCAUGAUGUCUAAAAUGCGUGCCUUGUUUAAAACCAUGGUCAACGGAGGCAAAGGAAACAUCACGACGACCCCGGCUGCGACCCCAACCAACAAUAACGUCACCACCGUCAGCACCACCAGCAACAACAACGCCAAAAGUGAAGCUCCCAGGAAACCUCCGCAGCUUGUCUAUUUUGAGAGCGAGCUGACGCGACUGAUGAAAACGGUGCCUGGCAUCAAGGACGAGCAGGUGAAGGAAAUCGUCGAAUACCUGAGUUCAGAGGACACCUGGUCAGACUCGUACGACUCGUCAGACUACACGAGUAGUGACCUGGAGGGUCCCCGCAGUGAGCUGCAACAGCAGAUUUCGGCCAGCUGCCAAGAGAUAAUCCAAAACUUCGACCCAACUCAGGAGGAGGAGUGCGUAGAGCCUACUGGCGAUGGUCUGGUGUACCAGCGCCUCGUCAAGUCACUCAGCCGUAUGUCUGAAUCGCCAAACCACAACAACUCACCCCCAUUGAUGGCCAAGGUGAUGCAUCACAUAGGCAGUCGUUUGGUAGCGCUGAUGCACGAAGUCAGCGCAGCCAGCGACCUGCAGGAGUCCCCUCCCAGUCCAAAGCCCCGCUUCCGCAAACUGCACCGCCAGCAGCUGUCACCAGCCUCGUCCAGCCUAGACGAGUCAGACAGUCCAGGCGGCUCCGACACGGAGAGCCGUGUCAGACGCCACCCAAGUCUGCCCCGCUCCAAGUCACACGACCUUGGACAAUGGGAGCACCUCUUGCAAGAAAGGGGGGUGCCCCGAGAGUCCCUUCGCUCGUCCAGCUCGGGAGUGUCCGAUAUCGAACGAGAGGAUUACGAAAGGUUCAGCUGGAGAGGCAGCUUUGAGUCGGCCUUGGCGGCUGACUCAAGAAGCAAGCUGUCAUUCGAAGCAAAGCGCAGGUCCACCGGAUCAGGGUCAGCGAGCGACCUGUUCUCAAGCAGUGAUCAGUUGGACAACCGCGGCCGCGUGCGCAGCUGUGGCUCCAUCGGCAGCAGGGCGUCCUUGCCCGGCCGGGGUGGCGCCCGCCUCUCCUCAAGCGGCGGUGACCUGCUGACCGCAGCAGAGUCAGAGUUGCUGGACGCACGGCGGAGGGGCAGCGUGCCGGACGCGACGCCCCGCUCGACGACGCUGCCGCGGUCGAGCCCGGCGGCCUCGGCCAGCACCAACUCGCUGCCUCGGCUGCCGCUGAGCGCCAGUCCCGUGGUGGCCGCCAUCCACAAGUCGUACAGCGCGCAGCUGCACGCGCAGCAGCAAUCGCCAGUGCACCACACACACCACCACCACUUCCUGCAGAACGUCAAGUCGGCCAGGUACAGGCCACCAAACUUCCGCCCGCCGCCCCUCGGCCCGCCCAAGAGGGCCGUCUCGGCGCCGGGACUGCACCACGCCACCAGGCGCAACGAGAGGAGGACCCGACCACUCUCUGGCGAUGACUUGGAGGACUCUGGCACCCUGAGCAACUGUAGCACUCCGCAAGGUGGAACUCCUCAGGGCACUCUGCAGUCCAAGUCCAAGUCGACGCCGUCGUCCGAGUGGCCCGACAACAACGAGGAAGAUGUCGACUGUCUGGUCGCGAUGCAUCAACAAAGGAGCACUCCAGCGCUCGGCGUUCGGAGUGAUUCGAUGGCCAGUGUCUACUCAGGCGCUGGAGAUGGUAGAUACGGUACUGUCGCAGUUCGAGGCGAAGUCGAAUUUGGCAUGCAGUACAACUACAAGGCUGGUUCACUCGAGAUUCUGGUCAAACAGUGCCGUGACCUGGCGCCCGUCGACGCGAAAAGAAGCAGAUCUGACCCCUAUGUCAAGGUUUACCUACUGCCCGACAAGUCCAAGAGCGGCAAGAGGAAAACCAAAGUCAAGAAGCACACACUCAACCCUAUUUUCGAGGAAACUCUCAAAUUCAACCUAACCCUGCAAGGCUUAGAGACGAGGACCUUGUGGCUGACCGUUUGGCACAGCGACAUGUUUGGCAGAAACGACUUCCUCGGUGAAGUGAUGAUGUCACUGGAAAACGUCGUUUUUGACGACCCCACCCCCAAGUGGUAUCCGUUGCAAGAGCGGACUGAGCCGUUUGAAGAAUUGAUCUCGUACAAGGGCGACCUUAUAGUUGGGCUCAAGUUCGUGCCCCCAGAGGUGUCUGGAAACGGCACUGGCAAAAAGAAGAACAAGCAGCCCAAAGGUUCCCUCCACGUGUUGGUCAAAGAGGCCAAAAACCUGACUGCAGUCAAGUCCAGCGGAAACUCUGACCCUUUCUGCAAAAGUUAUCUGUUGCCUGAAAAGGGCAGAGGGAGCAAGCAAAAGACUAACGUGGCCAGGCGGACGUGCAACCCUGCGUGGAACCACACCUUCAUCUACGAGGACGUCAGUCUGCAGGAGCUGGCCGAACGCUCUCUUGAACUCACCGUCUGGGACCACGACCGACUUGCCAGCAACGAGUUCCUUGGAGGACUCAGGUUUAACCUCGGAUCAGGAAAGCACUUUGGAAAGAACGUGGACUGGAUGGAUGCAAACGGAAAGGAGAUGUCCCUCUGGCAGAUGAUGCUGGAGCGGCCGAACUUCUGGGUUGAAGGGUCGCUGAGUCUGCGGCCGACCCUGGACAUUCGCCACAACAAUUCAUGUGCCAGUUCUGUAGCCACUAGUGAUAGCUAGGCGCGGCUGCCGGGUUUGCUCUCAGCAGGCUUGAGACGCAAGCUUGCUCUCCGCGCUUUGAAUGUUCUUACUCACUUUGACCCGAUUAAAGUGUUGAAACGAGCUUUUCAAAUGCCCAGGCCGAUAUUAGGGUGUGUGCAAGUUCUCGCUAACUUCAUUUUGUAAAUAAUCAUCUCGUCCUUGUCUGCGGGCAACUGCAACUUUAUUACAACUGCUUUUACUAUUAUUUUUUAAUAACCAAGCAGGGUGUUUCUAUAUUUCUGCAAAGAAAGAGUAUGGACACUGAUUAAUACAAUGGACAGCAGCGUGGCCUGUUUCUAAUGUUUUUAUGAUUAGACUGAUCUUGAAGGCAAGAUGUGAAUGUGCCUCUCUGCUGUAGUUGAUAAGCAAAUUGAUUAAGAGACGCAUGUGCUAUUGAACAAUACAAUUUCAUUUUAUUUUAAUAAAACAAA